CUUUGGGUUCUUCUUUUCAUGAAUACCAGAGAACUGGUUUGUCCUUUAUGCACACACACACACACACACACACACACAAAUUGUCUAUGCCUGACUCAUGGACGCACACGUUAAAACAACACCCCACCCCAAUGUGCUCCGCUGCCAGCUGUUUCUGGUCAGACAGUGAAGAGGAGGAGCAGGCAGGCCUGGAGUCAUGAGGCGGCAGCUGGAGCUCGCUGCCCUCGGCCUGGCCUUCAUGGGGUGGAUUUGUGCCAUUCUGACACGCUGCCUGGCCCUGUGGAAGGUGAGUGGCACCCUGGACAACAACACGGCCACCCUGCCGGCCUACUGGGACGGGGUGUGGCUGGAAUGGGAUCACUGGGACUUGGCCCACGAUGGCAGCCUGCACUGCUCCUUCUACCAGGCUCUCCUGUCUCUUUCUGGAAGUUUUCGUACGUGGAGAGCCCUCAUCAUGGCAGCCGUCGGGGCCGGGGCUUUUGCUGUGGGGAUUAGUGCAGUGGGGGCGGUGUGGUUCCCUCAGCGUGGCCAGGUCAAAGUGUUUUCUGGUGUUCUCUUUGUUUUGUCUGGGAUCCUGCUGCUGGUUCCUACAGCCUGGACGUCCCAUCACACCAGUCAGCCACUGGAUGGCGCUGAGUUGCUGAGAAGAGACUGGGGACCGGCUCUGUACCUAGGAUGGAUCUCUGUUGCUCUGCUGCUGGUCGGAGGUGUGCUCCUCACCACCAGGUGCAUCACUAGAGAGAGUCAGACACAGCAGCCUAAAGAGGGCCGGUACCCGACUGCACCGGAUGAGAGUAAUCACCCUCUGAGCAGGAUCAACAGAACUACGUUCACAAACAGCCAGUAUGAACACAGGUCAGAGCCCAUCUGAUGGACGGUAAUGGAAUAAGUGAGAGUGAAUGAUUCAGCUGGAAAAUCAUUAAUGUGUGAAACGACCGUGGAUAGAUUUAACAGCAGACGUGAAACUCUGGCUGCACGUGUUGGGUAACGAAACACUGGUUUAACUUAGCAUGAAUUUAACAUUACAAAGCACAAGGGUGUGUGUCAUUGUGUUAUUUAACUGGGUUUAGUGAUAGAGGUGUGGAUAGCAUAUUUAACAAGAGUUGUGUUUCUUUAAUGCCAACACACUGAAUAUACCACAAAACAUAUUUUACAUUCAUCCCUAUUUACCCAAAACAUAACACCACUGUAACUUGAUACUUCUGAGUUCUGAUGAAGUUACUGAUACUGAAUCAUAUAACACGGUCCAACACUGAUCACUGCCCUCGAUACUUCUAAUAUAUUGUGAUGCUUUAAAUGUGACUGAGUUCAUACUGAUCCUAAAACCAGAUACUGUAUUGCAUGGUAUUAAGAGUCAUGCAGUUUCAUCUUUGUUUGGCUUGUUGAGAGUAAAAAAAAUGUUUACACCUGAGAUGAGGACACUGUGCAAUAAAGCAUUGCAAGGAGCAUUUGAUUUUAAUUGUUGCUUGUUCCAUCUAUUGAAAGAAGAGGAUGCAUGAUGGAAAAGAGAAGGCCAGCGUUUUAUAUGCUGUACGCUUUAUAAUGAUCAGAUGUGAAACUGGACUUUUAUUUGCAGUUUAAUACCAAUGUUAAAUUGGAGGGUCGGAACAAAACACUUUCUAAAACAGAGAACAUGAUUCUGAAUGUGCUCUUCUACUUUUAUACCCAAUUUUAAAGUGAAACUCAAAGAUAAAACUGACAUGAAAACAUCUGUUCUACUUUUGCGUUCAGUGGCUGAAACAAUAACUCCAGUUUUCUUCAUUUAAAUGCUAAUGUACACAUUUCUAAUUCAGACUCAAUUCUUCCAAGCUUUUGAUUGUGAGAUUAAGUUUAUUCAAAACCGUCUUAUCAUUUUCUGAUUGUCUUUAAUAAAAUACCCUUUUUGUUACUGUGACCUCAAACCCAGGGUCUUUGUGAUCAUUUGUCUCAAGUCAAACCAUCUGGACCUUGUUGUUUUGUUGUGUGUGUGUGUGUGUGUGUGUUUCCUGCUUUUCUUUUGCAAAUAAAAACACUUUCAAGCUUUUUUGAUGUUUCAGAGCCUUCCAGCUGCAGUACAUCAUGUAUCAUAUCAGUGAUGUCAUAUUUCAAU